AUGUCUUCCUCACACUCGACGGCCGCCGCCGCGCGUCAGCUGGCGCUCGCCACCCCACAGCGCGUGUCAGUGCGAUCGCAACGGCGGAGAGCGGCGGUGCGCGUGGCGGCCAAGGCUGUGGAGGAGGUGCAAGUGGAAGAGCAGGCUGCCGUGCCAGGCCGCGCGGGCGUCCUGACUCAGCAUGUGUUCUUCACGGGUCAUCGACUUCCCUCAUCGCAGCAACACAUUUCUCUCCCCUUUCCCCUUGCCUACCGCUUGCUCGCCCGCCUGCUUGUCUUUUGCCUUUUCCUUCCAUCUCUGGCGUCAUUCCCUAUCCUCCCGUCACGCCCCUUCCGCACGUGUUCCGCCGUCCCCCAUGUCGCCCUUGCAGCGCCCUUCAACUUCGAGGCGUACAUGUAUGCCAAGGCCAAGGCCGUCAACGCGGCGCUGGACGCGGCGGUGCCGCUGCAGUACCCGGAGCGCAUCCACGAGGCCAUGCGCUACUCGCUGCUCGCCGGCGGCAAGCGCGUGCGCCCGUGCCUGUGCCUGGCGGCGUGCGAGCUGGUGGGCGGCAGCGACUCGGUGGCGAUGGCGGCGGCGUGCGCGAUGGAGAUGAUCCACACGAUGUCGCUCAUCCACGACGACCUGCCCUGCAUGGACAACGACGACUUCCGCCGCGGCAAACCCACCAACCACAAGGUGUACGGGGAGGACGUGGCGGUGCUGGCGGGCGACGCGCUGCUGUCGUUCGCCUUCGAGCACGUCGCGCGCGCCACGCCCGCGUCCGUGCCGGCGGAGCGCGUGGUGCGCGUGAUCGCCGACAUGGGCAAGGCCGUCGGCUCCGAGGGGCUCGUCGCGGGCCAGAUCGUUGAUUUGGAGAGUGCAACUAACCCCGUGGGCGUGGAGACGCUGGAGUACAUCCACGUGCACAAGACGGCCGCGCUGCUCGAAGUGUCGGUGGUGGCGGGCGCCGUGCUGGGCGGCGCCAACGACGACCAGGUGGAGCGCCUCCGCAAGUACGCCCAGUUCGUUGGGCUCGGCUUCCAGGUGAGCCAGUUCGUUGGGCUCGGCUUCCAGGUGAGCCAGUUCGUUGGGCUCGGCUUCCAGGUGAGCCAGUUCGUUGGGCUCGGCUUCCAGGUGAGCCAGUUCGUUGGGCUCGGCUUCCAGGUGAGCCAGUUCGUUGGGCUCGGCUUCCAGGUGAGCCAGUUCGUUGGGCUCGGCUUCCAGGUGAGCCAGUUCGUUGGGCUCGGCUUCCAGGUGAGCCAGUUCGUUGGGCUCGGCUUCCAGGUGAGCCAGUUCGUUGGGCUCGGCUUCCAGGUGAGCCAGUUCGUUGGGCUCGGCUUCCAGGUGAGCCAGUUCGUUGGGCUCGGCUUCCAGGUGAGCCAGUUCGUUGGGCUCGGCUUCCAGGUGAGCCAGUUCGUUGGGCUCGGCUUCCAGGUGAGCCAGUUCGUUGGGCUCGGCUUCCAGGUGAGCCAGUUCGUUGGGCUCGGCUUCCAGGUGAGCCAGUUCGUUGGGCUCGGCUUCCAGGUGAGCCAGUUCGUUGGGCUCGGCUUCCAGGUGGUGGACGACAUUCUGGACGUGACCAAGUCCACGGAGGAGCUCGGCAAGACGGCCGGCAAGGACCUCGCACAGGACAAAACCACCUACCCCAAGUUACUGGGGCUGGAGAAGUCCAAGGAGCUGGCAGAGGAGCUGAUUCGGAAGGCCAAGGAGCAGCUCAGCACAUUCGACCAGCACAAGGCGGCUCCCCUCAUCGGCCUUGCUGACUUCAUUGCUUAUCGCAGUCCGACGCGUCUGCGUGUGCGGAGCAUGGCUCGCGUCGUGCCUUGCCCGCACACCGCCAACCGUGCUACUGCGUCUCCGCACUGCCCCGCGUCGCGCUCCUCAAUCGCGCCGACAUGGAACUCCACUCCGUCCGCCUUCUCGCCUUUCGCCACCGCGCUACGUCCCGCAGCCACGCUUCCGCGUUUGACGGCGAAUUUGCAAAAUCGCGCGCGUGUACCGCUUCGUACACAGCUAGCGAGGCGGCGUGCGCCCGUGGUGCGCGCGGCGGGGCAGGAGGGGGGAGAGAAGGACGAAGACAAGCCCAAGGCCGUCGGCACCCUGCCCGACGGCGAAGCCGGCAGUAAACCGCCCGAAUCCUCCUCUCCGCCUCCUCCGCCGUCCGCUGCCCCGCCGUCAUCCCCCGCGCCCGUGCAGCUGGACUCGUACGCGGUGGUGGCGCUGCUGGGGCCGGAGAAGGUCGACGCGGACGACGUGGCGCUGCUGCGCGCCAAGCUCUUCGGCUACUCCACCUUCUUCGUCACCGGCCAGGAGCCCUUUGGCGAGGCGGGCGAAGCCGUGUUGUUACAGGGUAACCUGCGCGGCCCCAAGGAGGAGGUGUUCGCGAAGCUGCGCGCGGGCAUGCGGCUGCUGUUCGGCGCAAAGUACGAGCUGCUGAUGGUGGAGGAGCCGCGCAAGCCGGGCGCGCCUCCCAGCGAGGGGGAGGGGAAGGAGGAGCGCGUGGCGAUGGUGGUGGUGCGCGCGGAGCAGCUGCAGGGCCGCGCCACCUCCGCGUGGCAGUACGCGCUCGCCGCGCUGCUGCUCGCGCUCACCGGGGGCGCGUGCCUUGAACUGGGCCUCGCCAGCCAGAUCUCCAAGGUGCCGCCCGACGUGAUCCGCUACUUCACGUCGCCCAAUCCCGAGGAGCUGACCCCGCCAGACGUGACGGUGCUGGCGCCCUUCGUGCGCAACGCCCUGCCCAUCGCCUACGGGGUCUUUGGCGUGCAGGUCUUCCACGAGGUGGCCCACUGGCUGACGGCAGCACAGAAGCGUGUCAGGCUCGGCAUCCCGUACCUCAUUCCCAACAUCACCAUCGGGAGCUUCGGGGCCAUCACUCAGAUCAAGAGCCCCUGUCCCGACCGCACUGCUCUCUUCGACAUUGCCAUGGCCGGCCCGCUAGCCGGCGCCACCUUGUCGCUCGCCAUGUUUGCGGCGGGCCUUGCCCUCUCGCUGCCACCCUCGGGCCCACUGGCAGCGCUGCCAGGGCUGCAGGAGUCGCUCGUGCAGGUGCCCUCGCAGCUCUUCCAGGGCUCCCUGCUGCUCGGCGCACUCUGCCGAGCCGUGCUGGGAUACGACUUGAUGCAUGUGCAGGCAAUCACCAUCCACCCGCUCGUCAUUGUUGGAUGGCUGCAUUUGGGCGUGACACUGUCAACAUCACUAGCCUCGUUACAUACGGACUUCUGGGACUCGCUUGGGGGACCUUUUUCCCUGCCCUUUGGUCUCUACGUCCUCUUUCUUCAGGCAUUUAACUGGUCUCCUCUCCCCGUGCCUCCCAUUGUCCACCAGAGGGACUUUGAGAAGCCUGCAUUGAAUGACGUCUCAGGGGUUGGCUGGCAGAGGCAAGCAGUCCUUGUUGGGACAAUCGCCCUGGCAGUUGGCACACUUCUGCCACUUUGGGAUGGACUCGCUGAUGACCUCGGUAUUGGCAUUGGAAGCCAGCUGUUCUAA